UCUUUGUUUACAGCUGUGACGAGAGGCGAAGAAAAAAAUAUAUAUUCUACUUUUCGCUAGCGAACUGACAAAACACAAGCAAAAUGGACGGCGAGGGCUACACGCGAGCCAGACGGCUAGAAGAAUUCGAUUAUAAAGACAAACUGAAACUCAUCAAUGCUGUUCAAAAAAGGACUACUAUAUGGGAUGUGAGGAAUAAAAAACAUUUCGAUGGCAAUGCGCUGAGGAGCUCAUGGGAGGCUGUGGCCUCUGAGAUGAAUAGAGAUGUCUUUACUUGCAAAAACGCUUGGAAAUCUUUGAGGGACAGCUACCGCUACCAUAUGAAACUAUCUGGAAAGGGGACUGUCAGGAGAGGAAGUGAUGAAUGGGACCCAUUGGCUCACAAGAACCCAAAGGAAAACGACCGUGUAAAAUGGCGGUUUGCUCCACACAUGGAAUUCCUGUAUACAUAUCCGCAGAAACGUUCCACAGCAAAUAUUUCUACCGUUUUUGUGGGAGAACUCGUUAAGCCGGAUACUACUCCCAGUCCGCAAGUUAAGCGCAACAAGCAGCCAAGUCCCAGUCCGCAGGCAAAACGCAGUAUGCAGACUAGGACCAGUCUGCCAGCUAUGCCCGCUCCCACGGCUAGGCCCAGUCCUCCGCCGGCUAGGACCGCUCCUCAGGUUGUGCAUAGGUCGUCGGCUAUGCCCGCUCCCCAGACUAGACCCAUAUGCGCAUACUGGGAUUCGGAAUUAAAUAAAUUGUCUCCAGAGGAUGCAGAGGCAGUGGAGCAGAAAAUGACGAGGCUUCUAUGGGCCGAGACGCAGGCCUGUAGACUUAACGUCUACAUGAAGGAGGAAGAGGAUAUCGUGUACACUAUAGAAUAAAUCAUAUUCAUUAGAUUAGAAAA